GCCGAGUGCAGAGGCUCAACAUGGUGCUGCGGUGCUGGGGUUUCUUUGCCCGAGGGUCUCGGCUGCCGUGUGGCCUCGGUCCUCGGCGGUUUUUCAGUUAUGGGACGAAAACAUUAUAUCAAAACACUGAAGCUGUGCAGUCUAAAUUCUUUCCACCCCUUCAAAAAGCAAUGUUGCUACCAAAUAGUUUUCAAGGAAAAGUAGCGUUCAUCACCGGGGGAGGCACUGGCCUCGGUAAAGGAAUGACAACUCUUCUGUCGAGUUUAGGCGCUCAGUGUGUGAUAGCUAGCCGGAAGAUGGAUGUUUUGAAAGCUACUGCAGAACAAAUUUCUUCUCAAACUGGAAACAAGGUUCAUGCAAUUCAGUGUGAUGUGAGGGAUCCUGAAGUGGUUAAAAACACUGUGUCAGAACUGAUCAAAAUCGCAGGACAUCCUGAUAUUGUGAUAAACAAUGCGGCAGGGAAUUUUAUUUCUCCCACUGAAAGACUCUCUCCUAAUGCUUGGAGGACCAUUACUGACAUAGUUCUAAAUGGUACAGCCUUUGUAACACUAGAAAUUGGAAAACAACUUAUUAAAGCACAGAAAGGAGCAGCAUUCCUUGCUAUUACUACCAUCUAUGCUGAGACUGGAUCAGGUUUCGUGGUACCAAGUGCUUCUGCCAAAGCAGGCGUGGAAGCCAUGUACAAGUCUCUUGCAGCUGAAUGGGGUAAAUAUGGAAUGCGAUUCAACAUGAUUCAACCAGGGCCUAUAAAAACCAAAGGUGCCUUUAGCCGACUGGACCCAACUGGAGAAUUUGAGAAAGGAAUGAUUGACAGAAUUCCCUGUGGUCGGCUGGGGACUGUGGAAGAACUUGCAAAUCUUGCUGCGUUUCUUUGUAGUGAUUAUGCUUCUUGGAUCAAUGGAGCAGCUAUCAGAUUUGAUGGUGGAGAGGAAGCAUUAAUUUCAGGGGAAUUUAACAAUCUGAGAAAGGUCACCAGGGAGCAGUGGGAUGUAAUGGAAGGACUCAUUAGGAAAACAAAAGGAUCCUAAGACAGCUCUGGCUAUCAAUUUGGCCACAAAGAAAGACCAUAGAAAUGAUACAAACUGUCUAUCAUCUUUUCGAUAUUUCAAGUCUAAUAAAUUGUCAAUGAAUAAACAUU